AUGCGUCUCUCUCUCCUUGCCCUCCUCCCCGCCCUAGCCACGUCCGCUUCUGCCGGUAUCACAGGUGACGCACUGGGCAUCGUCGCCAACGUCCUCGGCGGCAACGUCCAGCUCCCCACCGACGGCCCUGUCUACACUUUUGACUCGUGGCGCUAUGUCGACUGCGGUCUCCCUACGGAUCCGAUCCAAAUCGAGAGCAUUGAGCUCAGCCCCGACCCUCCCAAGCCCGGCAAGGAGCUCGAGGUCAAGGUCAAGGCCUCGGCUGCUGAGGUGAUUGAGGAUGGCGCGUACGCCGAUGUGACGGUCAAGCUCGGCCUGAUCAAGCUGCUCCAGAAGCGGUAUGACCUGUGCGAGGAGGCACGCAACGCCAACGCGACCAUCCAGUGCCCCGUCCAAGAGGGCGACUACACUGUCGUCCAGAAGGUUGACCUUCCCAAGGAGAUCCCCAGGGCCAAGUUUAUCGUCAACGUCCGCGCGUACACUGCCGACGACGACGACCUGGCCUGCCUCGACCUGAUUGUCGACUUUAUGCCGCCCAAGGACUAG